AAUUUUGAUAUAGUAAAAUAUAGUUCAAUCGUGCGACAUGAUUUGUAAAAUAAUAUAAAAUAAUAAUUAAAGUUGAAUAACUUUUGAAUAAAAUAAGUGAAUAUAAAAUUAGCGAUAAUUAUGUCAUUGCUUUGUUUCAAGAGCAAGAAGUUUACGCCAAAAAGUGCGACUGCGCACUGGCCAAAUUAGUAGGUAGUGUGAAAGAAAAUGGCGAUCAGCGAAAGGCGUCCGGAGUUAACGUGAUGAAAAACAUUGUUAAAAGCUCAAUUACAUAGUGUUAUAGUUAUUAAUUGUGUCAGAUGUAGAUUAAUUAAGUGUUAAUGAAUAGUGAUUGUGUAUAAAAAUGGCUGCGAAUAUGUACAGAGUCGGCGACUGCGUCUAUUUCGAGACGUCGUCGACGUCUCCGUACCAAAUCCGGCGGAUAGAGGAACUAAACAAGACGCCGUCCGGCAACGUGGAAGCGAAAGUCAUGUGCUUCUACAGGCGGCGGGACCUGCCCAACCCUCUCAUACAAUUAGCAGAUAAGCAUCAAAUGGCCCAGUCAGAAGACUCACCGGUAGCAAUGAAACUCAAGAAAAUUUGCCUUAAGACGCCGAUAGGCGAGGAACAGGCGGCACAAGCUGUUCUAGACCCUGCGAUAGUAGCGAUGGAGGAGGAAUCUACAGAGCUGCCCGGCGGCGGCGAGGGGCUGCCGCCCAAGCAGCGGCACCAGGCGAAGCACCGCGAGCUGUUCCUCUCGCGGCACGUGGAGACGCUGCCCGCCACGCACAUCCGCGGCAAGUGCACGGUCACGCUGCUCAACGAGACCGAGUCGCUGCUCAGCUAUCUGAAUAAGGAUGACGCAUUUUUUUAUUGUUUAGUAUUUGAUCCUUCACAAAAGACUUUAUUAGCAGAUAAGGGUGAAAUCAGAGUUGGAAGUAGAUAUCAGACUGAAGUAACUAAUUUAUUAAAAGAAGGCGAGGAGGACACGCGCACGAGCUCGGAGCUGGAGACGCUGGUGUGGACGCCGGCGCACGGACUGUCGGACCGGCAGAUCGACCAGUUCCUGGUGGUGGCGCGCUCCGUCGGCACCUUCGCGCGCGCGCUCGACUGCUCGUCCAGCGUCAAGCAGCCCAGCCUGCACAUGUCGGCCGCCGCCGCCAGCAGGGACAUCACACUCUUCCACGCGAUGGACACGCUACACAAGUCGGGCUACAGCAUAGAGGCGGCGCUGUCGUCGCUGGUGCCCGCGUCGGGGCCGGUGCUGUGCCGCGACGAGAUGGAGGAGUGGUCCGCCUCCGAGGCGAACCUCUUCGAGGAGUCGCUCGACAAGUACGGCAAGGACUUCGCCGACAUAAGAAAGGACUUUUUGCCAUGGAAGACGCUAAAGAACCUGGUGGAGUACUACUACAUGUGGAAGACGACGGACCGCUACGUGCAGCAGAAGCGCGUGAAGGCGGUGGAGGCCGAGUCCAAGCUGAAGCAAGUGUACAUUCCCAACUACAACAAACCGAACCCGGCUCUGAUCAAUAGUGCGCCCAACGCGGCGAGUAAAGGCGCCGUACUCAACGGCGGCACCAACGGCACGGCCGCCGUGUCGCCCAGCCUCUGCGCGUCGUGUCAAGUUACAAAUUCAAACCACUGGUAUUCAUGGGGUCCACAGCAUUUACAAUACAGAUUGUGUGGCUCAUGUUGGCAGUACUGGAAAAAAUAUGGAGGACUAAAGACAGCGGACGUGUUCGGCGAGAGCGAGGCGGAGGUGGUGCGGAGCGCGCGCGCGGAGGGCGAGGAGACGGCGCUGUCGGUGUCGCACCGCCCGCACCGCUGUACUGUUGUCAACUGUGCUAAGGAGUUCAAACUGCGCGCGCACCUGGCGCGGCACGUGGCGACGGCGCACGGCGGGCCCGGCGAGGGCGCGCGGCCGGUGAUGAAGACGCGCGCCGCCUUCUACCUGCGCGCCUCGCCCUUCACGCGCCUCGCCCGCCGCCUGGCGCGCGCGCUGCGCCGCCCGCGGCACUUCGCGCGCUCGCCCUUCUCGCCCAUCAACCUGCACCAAGUGAAGCACGAGUGUACGAUAGCGAUGGCGGGGCUGGGCGGCGCGGAGAUGCGCGGUGCGGGCGCGGCGGGCGUGCCGCGCGCGCGCGGGCCCGUGGGCGCCGUGGCCACGCGCCUGGCCGCCGCGCUGGGCACGGCCGCGCCGCGCGCGCAGGAGUGGCUCGUGCUCACGCCGCGCGACCGCAUGCCCACGCCCAACCACGUCGCCUUCCCGAAACCGCCCAAGGCGCCAGACGGCAGCCUCAUGUACGAGCGCGUGCUGUCGCGCGCAGAACAAGAGGCGCGGCGCAACGAGGCGGCCGCGCAGGCAGCGCUGCCCGCGCCGCCCGCGCUCAAGCGCCGCGCCUACGACGACGUCAACGGACUCGACAGAGGCGCGGGCGGCGCGAGCGGCGCGCGGGAAGGCGGCGCGCCCCCCGCCAAGCGGCCCAACAAGCACCCGGCGCCCAUGCAGCGGCCGUCGCGCGAGCAGUACGCCGCCAUGUGCGCGCGCGCGCAGGCCACCGGACAGCCGCUGCCCGCGCACGUUUUUGCACACGUGAACGGCAAACCGACAAAUUUGACUGGUCGCGGUGGCCGGCGUCACGUCAUCUCAUGGAUGGACGCGCCCGACGACCUCUACUACAGAGCUACAGAGGCUGCCAAGAGCGCGCGGCGGUCGCUGAGCUGCGGCGACCUGCGGCGCGGCGCGCGCGCGCCGUGGCGGGCCAUGCGCGGCGCGCUCGUGGGCGUUGGCGCGCUGGCGAACGCGGGCGCGCUGCUGGGCGGCGGCGCGCUGGCGGGCGCGGGCGCGGGCAAGGCGGCGGGCGCGGGCGCGGGCGCGGCGCCGCUGCAGCUGGUGAUCCUGGACUGACAGCAGCCGCGCCCGCCGCCGCCGCACCCCUACACCAUGGAGGCGCUGCUCGGCUGAGCGCGCCGCUGUAUAUUGCCGUGUACAGAGCCCGAGGCCCCGCCCCGAACGCGAGAUUGUAUUUUUGGUAACCGAAUCGCCGACGACGGAUUCUGUAGAUAAUAUUUUAAAACUAUAUUGUUC